CCAACAACAGCCCAAAUAGUAAUCGCCUGGGCAAGCUAUGAAUAACUAGUCACAUUGAUACACUCAUUCUAGCAGACGAAUUGCUUUGUUUCUGUGAAUGAACAUAGCAUUUUUCGUUUUCGGUCGUGUCUGGUUUCCAAACGCCGAUGAAAAGCCUGAAGGGGACAAUUAGGAUUCGAUUUCUGAAAACAACAACUACCAGAAUUGGAAAGCAUUCAGACGUGAAAACCUGAAGCUUCAAGGUUUGCGUUAUGUAUGCAGGCUGGCGAAUGCUAUGGAACAGGAUGCUAUUCUCUUGGGCCACCAACUCGUCCGUUGCCUAAUCCCUUGCAUGACCUGAGGUAUCUCCUUCUACCCCAUUGACAUACGCAGUGGCAUGACCUUUUGAUCCCCAAAUCCUCAAAUCCCUCUGCUUGGAAAGCCAUGCAGGGCAAAAUGCCAAUUCCAAAGGCCGUCCGUGAGCGCCGCGCAGCCCUCGCAGAAAUCGCCAAAGAAACCAAGGCGGCACUGCCCGGAAUCCUGCAACAACUCCCCCAUCUGGACGCCUCGUCCUCGGAAAACCUGAGCCUGGACGAGCUCCCACCGCUCGACCCUUCGCAAUGCCCCAAGUUUACAGUCCCCGGCAAGUCAAAUAUCUACGGCACUCGGGUCGUGGUGGUCAACCAGGAUACCUUUGACGCUGCUAUUGCCAUGCCCGCCUCUGUUGUGGCACCGCAGGAAGGGGACAUGGCCAUCCCCGAAAACGAGAGGAGGAACACUCGCGUCGCAGUCCUGAACCUAGCCUCGGACAAGAAACCCGGUGGAGGCUGGCUCAAUGGCUCCGUGGCGCAGGAGGAGGCCCUUUGUUAUCGGAGCUCGCUAUACCUGUCGCUGCAUAAGGAGUACUACCCUUGGAGCCCUCUGACGGCUAUCUACACUCCCGAUGUGGUUAUUAUUCGGUCGUCUAUGCGAGAGGGACAUGAACUUUUUCUGGGAUCGGGCCCAUCUUCCACUACCUCAGUCAUUACCAUUCCCUCCUCAACCGCUGCGACUACUCCCAACACCUCUACGACCGCUCCUACCACUCCUAGGAGCCUACCAGUAGUAAGCGUAAUCAGCGCGGCCGCCCUCCGCUCCCCGCCCCUCAACGACGCUAAAACAGGCUUCAAGUACAACGCCGACCGCAGCCUGACCAAGAAGAAGAUGCGCAUGGUGUUGCGGAUCGCGGCGCGGGAGGGACACGAGUUGUUGGUCCUGGGCGCCAUGGGGUGUGGGGCGUUUCAUAACCCUCCUGAAGACGUGGCGGCGUGCUGGUUGGAUGUACUCGAGGAAGAGGAAUUUAGGGGAGGUUGGUUUAGGGGGGUUUGGUUUGCGGUGUUGGAUAAGAGAGGGGAGGGGAAUGGAGCCGUGUUUGAGAGGGUUUUGGGAG